UGAAGUGAGAAAUAAAAUGAUUCUUUACUACCAAUGGUAUAAGCAAAAGGAAUGAUAUUGACAUUUUCUCGGAAUCAGUAUAGAGCUCAGCCAUAGCCACAGCUUGCAAGAACUCACGAUGGAUCGUCUCAAUGGCUCUGCGCGUCUCAUGAUAGUCUCUGAUCUUGAUUCUACUAUGGUCGACCAUGACGACCCUCAGAACCUCUCUCUUCUCCGCUUCAACGCUCUAUGGGAAGCCUAUUAUCGCCAUGACUCUCUUCUGGUUUUUUCAACUGGAAGAUCCCCCGAUUCUUACCAACUAUUAAGGGCCGAGAAACCCUUGUUAACCCCUGAUAUCACUGUUAUGUCUGUGGGAACUGAGAUUGCCUGUGGUGAAUCUAUGGUGCCCGAUGCUGGCUGGGAGCAGUACCUGAAUCAAAGGUGGGACAGAGACAUUGUCGUGGAAGAAACCUCCAAGUUUCCUGAGCUUCUUCCUCAGUCAGAGAUAGAUCAACGACCUCAUAAGGUUAGCUUUUACGUAGAGAAGGACAAAGCGCUCAAGAUAAUUGGUGUUCUAUCAGAACGUUUGGAGAAACGAGGGUUAGAUGUAAAGAUAAUCUAUAGUAGUGGGAUAGCUUUGGACGUUUUACCAAGAGGUGCUGGCAAAGGACAGGCCCUUGCAUAUCUACUGAAGAAAUUUGAAUCUGAUGGAAAACUUCCUGCCAGUACUCUUGUUUGUGGUGAUUCUGGCAAUGAUGCUGAACUUUUGAGUGUUCCUCAAGUCUAUGGUGUAAUGGUCAGUAAUGCACAGGAAGAACUGUUACAGUGGUAUUCGGAAAAUAUGAGAAAUAAUCCUAGUAUAAUCCAUGCUACUGAGAGAUGUGCAGCAGGUAUCAUACAGGGAAUUGGUAGUUUUUGUCUGGGUCCAAAUGUCUCUCCAAGAGAUAUCAGGGACUUUCAAAAGUGCAAAGUGGAUAUUGUCAACCCUGGUUAUGAUGUCGUAAAAUUUUACUUGUUCUACGAGAGAUGGCGGCGUGCAGAUAUUCAGAAGUCUACACAGCAUAUGCAGAAUUUUAAAUCAGUUUUUCACUCUUCCUGUACUCUGGUCCAUCCCUCGGGAACUGAGCAGCAUAUUCACCAGUGUGUGGAUGAAAUGGAAAGUUUGCAUGGAGACAGGCAGGGAAAUCAGUUUCUGGUAUGGGUAGAUAGAGUGUCCUCGUCACAAAUCGGCUUAGACACUUGGCUUGUGAAGUGCGCUAAAUGGGAGUCACAUGGAGCUGAGAAGUAUUGUUGUCUGACAACAAUCUUAAUGAGUUCAAAGGCUGAGUUACCGAAUGACUUCGUAUGGUUGCACGUGCACCAAACAUGGUUGGAUGGUUAUGGGGUAAAACAACCGGGCACUUGGUUAAUCUAGGAUUUUGAUAAGGUCCACAUCUAAAUAUAUAUGAGUACUUUUAAUUCUAUAUUUGCUGCUACUGCCGUGGUUUAUUUAUUUUCAUUUUGAUAUUAAAACAGAUUUUGUCAUCGAUAUACUCAGUGGAUAUUUUUCUUCAGGUUACUAUGUCA